AAUACUUUACGUCAGCUGCCGUAAAGCGUCGAACAGUAACGCUACUUUGUAGAAUGACUGCCUGAAGCAGCUAAAUCCCGAAUAAACUUAAAUAUCUUCCGUUCGCAAGCCUCCAAAGGGUUGUCAAUUCUAUGUGAAGCAUUUCAGUCCUCUUUAGUAUCCUCUUGUGAAGCGAGCAAGCGACGAGAGCCCGUAGAAGCAGCGUUGCUUUUAGCCAGUCAUUGCCAUGGCCUCCGACAGCGGCGACAGCAACAUGGACAGAGAGAUGAUUCUGGCGGACUUUCAGCUUUGCACUGGAAUUGACAACAUUGCAGAGGCAAUCACCUUAUUAGAGCUUAAUAACUGGGAUUUAGUGGCAGCCAUCAAUGGAGUCAUACCACAGGAGAACGGCAUCUUGCAAAGUAACUUUUCCAGUGAGGCGAGCCAGGCCAGCAUGUACGGACCGCACAGAGAAUCAGAAUCAGCCGACGCAGCAGCAGCCGACGCAACAGCAGCCGACACAGCUGCAGCAGCCGAAGGCGCCGUUCCUACAUGCUCCUCAUUGUUUUCAUCUCCCAGUCCGCUGUCAUCCUCAGCAUCUACGUUUUGCCCAAGCUCCCCUUCCUCCCGACAUAUUGUAGAGCGCCAGUCUCGGAUGCUUGAAUUCAAAGUGGAGUACCGACAACGCACUGUUGAGCUGGUACUGGAGGACGGCACAACAGUCGGUGAAAUCAAGCAAAUCCUCGAGACAGAGCUUGGUGUUCCUGUAUCCAAAAUGCAGUUGAAAGGAUGGAAGAGUGGCGAUGUGUCUGAUAGUACGGUGCUUCGAAGUUUACAUCUGCCCAGGAAUGUCAGUCUGUAUGUCCUGACCCCAGACAUUGCCCCCACAGCCAGCGCCAGCACCAGCAAAAACAGUGCUCUCCCAGACUCGCUAAACCAGAACUUCCUGCUGGUCAUCAGUCACCACGAGGCCCAAAGGGACUACAACCUAAACUUCCCUGGAUCCAGAACCAUACAAGAGGUGAAGAGGAACAUUUCAGACCUAACCAACAUCCCAGUCCGGUAUCAACAGUGGGAAGGAUGGCCUGCAUCAGCAUCUGAUGACUGUAUGACGCUAGCCGUCUCUGGGAUCAACUAUCCUUGCCAUCACCUCAGUGUGUGUCAAAGGUCCUCACCAGCCAAUGCCCAGGUGCCCCAGGAAGAGUGUGCAGAUGUUCACAUGAUCAGUGACAGCGAAGGAGAUGAUUUUGAAGAUGCGUCAGAGUUUGGGGUGGACGAUUCCGAGAUGUUUGGAACGGGCUCCUCCAGUCGGAAAACGCCUAUGAUGCCAGAGAAUAGCGAGAAUGAAGCUGAUGCCUUACUGCACUUUACUGCUGAAUUUUCUUCAAGGUAUGGAGAGAACCACCCAAUGUUUUUCAUUGGAUCUUUGGAGUCAGCAUCUCAAGAGGCCUUCUACGGCAAAGCCAGAGAGAGAAAGCUGCUGGCCAUCUACCUCCAUAACGACGACAGUGUCCUCAGCAACGUCUUCUGUUCCCACAUGAUGUGCGCUGACUCCAUUGUCUCCUUUCUGAGCCAGAACUUCAUCACAUGGGCCUGGGACGUCACUAAAGAAGCUAAUAAAGCCAGGCUACUCACCAUGUGCACGAGACAUUUUGGCAGUGUGGUGACACAGACUAUACGCACAUACAAGACUGACCAAUUUCCUCUGCUCCUUAUAGUCAUGGGAAAACGCACUUCCAAUGAAGUUCUAAAUGUUAUUCAAGGUAAUACUGCAGUUGAUGAGCUAAUGAUGAGGUUAAUGGGUGCACUGGAAAUCUUCACAGCACAACAACAAGAGGACAUUAAAGAUGAGGAUGAGCGUGAGGCCAGAGAGAUGGUGAAGAGAGAACAGGACGAGGCCUACCGCCUAUCCCUAGAGGCUGACCGUAAGAAGAGGGAAGCUCAAGAGCGGGAGGAGGCGGAGCAGGUUCGCUUGGAGCAGAUGAGAAAAGAACAGGAGGAAGAGAAGGAGGCCAUACGUUUAUCAUUGGCGCAGACCCUACCGCAAGAACCCGACGAGGAAUCAGGAGAGCAGAUCAGUAAGCUGCGAAUCCGCACACCCAGUGGCGAGUUUCUGGAGAGGCGUUUCCUGGGCAGCUGUAUGCUCCAGGUGCUUUUUGACUUUGUGGCCUCCAAAGGAUACCCAUUCGACGAGUUCAAGCUCCUCACCACCUUCCCACGUAGAAAUAUCACCCAGUUGGAUCCAGCAUCAACUCUACUGGAGGCCAAGUUGUUUCCACAGGAGACUCUGUUUCUGGAAGCCAAAGAGUAGUAAAGUGACUGAUGAACUGGCCGAACACAGCAUGGGUCCAAAUCCAUCUGGGCCUCCACAGUACAUGCGAACACACACACACACACACACACACUCAUGCAAAGACUUACUCAGAUCCAUAACACACAGGCAUGCACUCAAGUGCAACGUAAGCUUCUCUGCCCUUGGCCUGGUUGCUGUACAUCUAAACUUGGUGUACAUGUGUUGCACAGAAGAGCAAAGACAGUAUCACAAGCACAGAGCCACCCCCCCUCCCCUAUCCCUUCUCUAAGAAAACUACAACCCCCUAACCUGUACCUCUCUUUUUGCUCUUUCACACACUUGACAUGACGUGUGUCAUCACUUUCCCCCAAACACACAACACAGUGACGGAAUGGAGAUCCCAACUAGACAGACCUUUGUCACAGGAAAAACACUCGUUCACCUUAACCCCCCACCGCCCUCCUGCCUCCCUGCUGCUUUUCCUUUACUACAUGGAUGGUUUUUGCGUUUGAAAGAUUCAAUAAAAGCCAGCGAUAAGAGACAAGACAUCUCAUGUCUAUUUACCCCCUUUUCCUCAAAAACCCAUCUUACCUUCACCAUUCCUCUACCCAUCAACUCUCUAAUCUGGUUUUACCAGUUUGAUGCUGUAUUAUUUUUACUUUGAUAUACAGUAUAUAAAAAUAUGACUAAACUAUAUGACAUUAAUGUGUCUCCCCCAGCAACUUCUUAAAUAGAACCUCAACUUGUCAGAUCUAUUACCGUUAAGAUAGCCUUUUUUAUAGGUUGUGGAUUCAUGCUUUUUAUACAGAACCCAGCAAUGAUCAAUAGAUGCAACAAAAAUACACAAAUAGCUCACAAAAGUGAUUAGAACCCUGACAUUUCAGCAACCAUCUUCUCGAGGGAAUACUAUAAAUUAAACUUGGAUAUUCUUUAGAGCAGGGACUUUUUUUUUUUACCACGUUUCAUAAUUUUGAUGUGUUGAAAUGGGAGGGGUAUACUCACUUGUACAUUUUCUAUAUAAAGUAUUCAUAGCGCUUCACAUUUUAUGUGAUAGCCUUAUUUCAAAAUGAAAUACAUUCAACACAAAAACAAUAUUUUUUUUAAAGUUAGCUAAUUUAGUAAAAAUAAACUAAGAAAUCGACAGCUUUUUGAACACCCGUAUUUGGGCAGAUUUGCAGCACCUUUCAAACCCCACCAGGUUAGAUCUGUCUGGGCAGUUAAAGGACAGAGCCUGUCCUGAAAACACCCUCUUGAUAUCUCAACUGUGUGCUUAGCAUUGUUGUCCUGAGAAAAAAUGAACCAUCGCCCAGUCUGAGGUCAAGAGUGCUAUGGAGAAAGGUUUCAUCCAGGAUGUCUCCGUACAUUUUUCUGCAUUCAUAGAUCCCCCUAUCCUGCUGUUGAAAAUCAUUCUCACGGCACGAUGUUGCCACCACCAUGCUUCCCUGUCGGUCUGGUCUUGGCCUGGUGAUGAAUAGUGUCUGUUCUUCCAAACAUGAUUCCUGGCUUUAAUGCCAGCAAGGUCAAUCUUUGUCUCAUCCGAGUUCUGAAAGUCCUUCAGGUACCUUAAGGCAAACUCCCAGAUGCACUGCCAUGUGCCUAAGGAAUGGCUGGAAAGAUGAUUGUCCAGCUCAAAGGUUCUCCUCUAUACAGAGCAACCCUGGAUAUCUGUGAAAGUGAUCAUUAUGUUUUUGGAACACCUGCCUCACAAAUUCCUCGAAUGCUCGGUUUAGACGGCUGACCAGUCCGGGUGUUUACGAACUUUUUCUUUAUCUAUGGUAGAGGCCAUGGUGCUCAUUGGCACUUUCAAAGUAGCAGAAAUGUUUAAGUGACUUUCCCAGAUUUGUGCUUUGAGACAAAUCAUGUCGCAGUGUUCUCCUGACAUUUUGUGUUUUUGACAUGCACUGUCAACUGUGUGACCGAAUAGACAGAUAUGUGCCUUUCCAAAGUAAAGUCAUCAAGUCUAAUUAACUGAAUGCUGAUUCACAUGCAGUAGAGCAUAGCACACAGCAAAAUGUCUGCCAUAUUAGUAAGGGGGCUAAGCGCAUGGCGGGGUACAGUGUAUUCACUGACUCUUAAGUGGAGCCUAAAAUGAAAUGCACAGUGCGUACACUUGGAUUAAAUGAAUGAAUUAGAUUUAUUGAACAGACGGAAUACAUACAAGUAGAUUAAUGUAUGCACCCCUCCAUCUUCUACAUAAGGACUAUGAGUAAUAAUAAAUAAGAAUCCAUUAUACUGCACAAAUAUGACCGACCCGAGGAUGUCAAUAAAAACCAAGCAGCAGUAUGUAAGUCACUUUUCCUUCUUUUACAUAAAAAUCUAAAUUUCAAAGUGAAGGAAAUGAUGGGCUACAGAAUAUUCUUGACAGUAGUGGACAGCGCAUGAAAUGAAUUUAUGGUGACAGAGUGCAACCACUAAAGUCAAACCAAGACGUGGUGAGGGAUGAACAGGUGAUUUUAAUGUAAAAAAUAUAUCUAAUACUUUGGCAAUUAUUUUUUUAUCAUGUCAUUAUGGGGUAGUGUGUUUAGAAAUUUGAUGGACCCUGGUGAGAAUAAGCCUUAGAAAAUGAAUGAAUGAAAGAAUAAAUCAAUUUUCAAAUAACUUCACAUAAAAUGUGGAAAAAGUAAAGUACUCUGAAUUCUUUAUGAAUGCACUGUUCCAACAAAUAACGUAAUAAAAUACAAAUAUUACUGAGCAAAAUAGUGUAGCUCAAACCAGAUUAUUUUGCAACCAAUUCUCUCCUAGAAGCUGUUUCAUUGACUUUGUGACUCCUCAAACAUGGUUUCUGCUGUCUUGAACUUCAUCCUCGAGGGUGAAAUAGACAAUUAUCUCAUAAAUCUGGCUGUCAUCACAUCCUGUUUCAAAAUAUUUAUAAAAUCAAUCCUUCCGUUCUUGCAGUCAAGGCUUUAUUUUCCUUGUCUCGUUUCACACGCGAUGACUGAGAUGUGCUAAUAUGCUCAUCCAGCCACACUUCCCCCCUCGCUUUGGCCAAACGAUGUAUCGCUGAAGGCAGGGCUUCAGAUGAGAUCCGGACUCCCUUGUCAUGCUUAACAAGACAAGCUUCAUUGAUUGCUCAUUUAUGAGUCAGACUGCAUGAGGAAUGAACGUUACUAUACUGUUGUUAAUGAUGCUGAUGAUGCAUUUGUUUGAUAUGAAUCAUAACACAUGGGAGCACGUUCUCGUGAGAAUUUAAUUGGAUUUUGUACACGGGGUAAUUUACUGUAAUUUGUUAUUUAAAGGUGCUGUCUGCCUUGGUUAGGUACUGCAUGGGGGCGCAGUCCCUCAAUCCCGCCCACUUCCUGCUCUUGACAUUGCAAGCCAUGUCCCACGCAACAUACAUGCACGCACAUUAGCCAUCUUUGUUGUGCGCUCAGAGAAAUUUGGUUAGCUAAGAAAUGAGCCAUCAUCACAUUUCAUAACAACACAAUAACUCCACAAUUGUUGGUAAUUGAGACUGCUGUUAUAUUUACAGUAUAUGCUUGCUUGAUAUUUACAGUACAGCUGUGACAGCCAUGAACACCCAUCCUCUUAUUCGGAUAAAACAAAAAAUCACAAGGUUUAAUUGAAUUGUGACAAAUUUAUUUGUUCAGUUUUAAGAAAUGACCACCGCUGGCUAUCUUUUUUGGUUGGAAAACCAAUUUAUUCGGGUAGUUGUUUUUCCCUCCAUUCAGUAUCUGAAUGACGCUUUUUGGCUUGUCUCUUAUACUAAGCAGCAGGGUCAUCCCUGACCACAUUCCAACAAUAGUCAGCAAAAUUUGCUUUUAAAGUAGUCCGUGAAGAGUCUUUGAGUACACGAGUGCUGCUGUGGAAGCUCUUGAGGGCAAAUGUUAAAUGGUCUAUGGUUUUUUUUUUUUUGCAUUACUGUCAGACAUGUGAGCUCAGGGCGAAGGUGAGGUUGGAAUUUGUUUACGCAAACUGUCAGACAGGUGCAUGUCCUGUCAAAGCAAUGGGGCCGACGUGUGCAUAGUGCAUCUCCUCUGGAGUGUAAGAUUACAGUUUCUAUCAUGCAGCGUGAUGCGUUCAAUGUGCUCAGACAUGUUCCUCUUCCUCAACACUGUUGAAGCUGUGGUGGCAGACUCGGAAAUGCCAAAAUGAUAUUCCACAUUAACCUUUUGCCGUUAGCUGUUUUCGUCUUAGACUUUUCAGAGAGGUCAUUGGGGGUCAAAUUUGGACUACCUUGAAAUCGAACAAAACAGAACUUGUCUCAAUUUUGCCAGAGAACAUCUUGAUAAUACCCAAGACCUUUGGGAAAAUAAUCUGUGCUUUGACAAGACAAAAGUUGUGUCCCAUUUCACCUGGCUCAAAAGUAAAGCCACAUUUCAGUAAAAAAAUAUAAAUAAAUAACAUUACACAGUAAAAUAUGGUGGUGGUAGUGUGAGGGUCGAUGGCUGUUUUGCUGCUUCAUGAACUUGAAGACUUGCUGUGAAAAAUGGAAGCAUGAAUUCUGGCGGUUAAAGCUGCAAAACCCUCCAACUUGGCUGAAUUACAACAAUUCUGCAAAGAUGAACUCAUUGCAAGUUAUGCAAAUGCUUGAUUGCUAUUGUUUCUGCUAAGGGUGACCCAACUAGUUAUUAGGUUUAGGGGAAAAUCACUUUUUCCACACAGGGCCAUUUAGGUUUGGAUUUUUUCUUAGUCAUAAAAAGUUUCAAUUUUUGUGUUCAGUUGUUUUGACAUUAAUAUUUUAAUUUGAUUGAUGAUUUGAAAUAUGUAAGUGUGACAAACAUGCAAAAACAAAAAAGAAAUCAGAAGGAGGACAAACAUUAGACUUAGACUUGUGGAAGUGUAGCAUCUAAUAAGCUUGAUUAAAUUAUUUGGAGGCAUCAGAAGCAUCAGUAGCUGCUGGCAAAGUGCUCUUAUGACAAAGAGUCAAACCAGACUAGGCUAGAUGUCUUCAUCAUCCUGUUCAAAUGACCCACAUUGAGACCCACAGAGGGUCCGUGCCAUGAGCUUAAGGUCACCUCAGGAUGCUGUCUUGACGCUGUGUGUGACGACAAAGGAGGCAAAGUGUCUAUGUUUAACCAGCCCUCGCCGGGGUCAAGAAUGUAGCUCGCUGGCGAAUGAACAAAAUUCCUAAUACAAGCCAUCUCCACCUCCCUCCUUUUGAAGUGGGAAACACUGGGAUGUUGGAAUCACAGCUUCUCCUCUUUGGAUCCCAGACUGGCCUAAACAUUGGAGGGUCACCCCUAGAGUUUACUUUCUCAGAGACGGUGGGCCUCGGCCAAAGAAACAGAAUCUGUGAGGCUUAAACUGUUGGAGUUUUGGGGGGGACACAAAGGGAAGGUCACUAAAAUCCUUAUGUCUGUGUCUGUUGGUUAAUGCAUGCAAAUACUUUUUUAUGUAGCUAAAACAAAACACACACCACCGGUUGCGCUGUAACCAACCUGAUUAAAUGGGCCUGUGAAUUUUCUCUUUCGUCCACUUCAUUAUUUGAUUGCAACCGGACCGUUCAGGUUGUCUUCCAAGACGUUCUGCCUUUCAUUGGAAUGUGAUUUCAAACAAAUCUUCCAUUUAUUCAUUCACUGUCUUUUUGUACUUUACAUAU